AUGAGCCGAAUUGCGGCGGCGUUGAUCGACCUCAGCGGCACGAUUCACGUCGAAGACGUCGCCAUUUCCGGCGCCGUCGCUGCCUUGGAGAAGUUGAGAACAGCGAUGCCAGUUCGCUUCGUCACGAACACUACGAAGGUGUGCGGGAAACACGAAACAUUUGAAUUUCAUUUAGUCGAAGGAUGAAGAAUAGUUCCCACUUGCACAAGCAUAGUCCAAAAGGACCUUGAAGAUGCCGGAAAAAAGCCCAGGCUUUUUUCUUGACUUUUCAAGAAAAAAAAUAAAGGAGGCGAAAAAAGGAGAUUCAGAACAAAUUUUGACACGUUUUAGGAACCUAAAAGGAGCUCUAGAUUUUGUUUUAAUCGAAAAAUUACUUGUGGAAAACUUGGUUAAAAAACAAAAAAAAUCGCUUUUUUUUGGAUUCUGAUCCUGGAAUGAAGUUUUUAAUUAAGCUCAUCCAACCAGUACAAAAUUUUCAAUUUGCAAAAAAUCCUCGAGGUUUUUAAAGGAGCAUGGAAUAAUCAAACAAAGAUUUCAAGACGGAUAUCCGUUCUUUAGAUUUUUUUGAAGAGACUGUUAAGUUAUCACUUAAGUAAAAUACUUUUUCUGAUUUUGAAUCAAUUUUUCUUCGUAUAACUAAGCUUUUUUUGUCCAGAGGGAUUAUUGAAACGGAAAAUAUUGAACGAAGAUUCAAAAAAACCAUUUUUUUGGCCAAUUUUUUUCAUUAUUAUUUCAAGUCUAUCAAAAUACUAACGUCAAAUUUAUUGAAAAAAAAUUUUUUGCAUAGAAAAUUUCGUUAUUUUUUUGCAGUUUCAAAAAAAUUCUAGUCAUUUUUAAAGGAAUCUCAACGCGUCCUACAAGAGAGGCUUCUGAAAUGCGGGUUCAAAAUCGAAAAAGAAGAGAUUUUCACAAGCCUUCUGGCCGCCAGCCAGUUGGUCCGAUCUAAGAAGCUUCGACCCCUGUUGAUGCUCGAAAAUGAGGCUUUGGAAGAUUUUCGAGGUCAGAUAUGGACGAAAAAUAAAGAUUUUUCUUCAUGUAGGAAUCGAAACGCAGAAUCCGAAUGCCGUGGUGAUUGGCCUGGCGCCGUCUCAUUUCGAAUAUGACCAAAUGAACGAAGCUUUUCGGUUGGUUAUCAACGGUGAGUUCUAGGAAAGGAUAUUGCUGAACAAGUAUUGAAGUAAUAAAUUGGAACAAGAGAAAAAAAUUGGAUAGAGAAAGGAGGGUUUCAACUAAACGUUACUCAGAAACAGUGUGAACAAACUUAUUUUUGAGAAAAUGGGACCUUUCUAUUCAAAACUCCUGACACGAAUAUUUAAAGGAGCAUGGACCAAUUUUGAAAAAGGUCUCAAAUCGAAUAACUGUUUUCCUUGUUCUUCAGGGUCUGCGCCUUUGAAAACUUUUAAAAAAAUUAUGAAAAGACAAUUUCAGUUCAUUUAUUAUUUACCAUAUUAAAAUUAACGUAAAAAUCAAGCUUCUCGGAAUUUUUUUAUUGAUUCAUUCAGAAGACGGCGAAAUCUUAAUCAACAAACUUAAUAAAAUAUAAUUUGAGCUUUUUCUUGAAAUGGUAAACUUUAUCUCUCGUUCUUCAAAGGAAGAAAAAUUUAUGGAACUCGUGGAAAUGUAUAAACCUCUCGUUUUAACACACUAUUUCGCACUUGUUUUUCAAAGGUCUUUUUGAAGUUUGUUCCUUUUUAAAAUGGCAAAUGGCUCAUGAACUGAAAAACUGAAAUUUGAAAUUUUUAAUCAAUAACUCUAAAAAUUUGGAUGAACUCUGUACAAUCCUCGAUUCUUAUUCUGACCUUAUCAUCUUUCAAUACUGGCUCAGAGGCUCGUGAGGGCCUCAAAUGCCUUUUAUUUAUUUAUUUCAGGCUUUUUAUGCCAAUUUUUUUCCCUUCUUUUUUUGUACAUGUUAUUUCUUUCUGCCUGUAAAUAAAUUAAAUAAAUUAAAAUUAAAUUAACCUUAAAGCCCUUUUAAGGUUCCCAUCUAGGGACCACUUUGCCUCCCCCUAUAGGGACCACUUAAGUUUUAGGGCCUCAGGGGUCAGACCAAAUAGCGACCACCUAACUGUUACCCCUAUAGAGCUUUUCCCUAAUCCCUCCAAAGACCACUCUCGCAAUAUACAAUUUCAAGUUUUUUUCUAGGCGCCGAACUGAUCGCCAUUCAUAAAGCGCGUUAUUUCAAGACAAAAGACGGACUUUCCCUAGGACCUGGGGCUUUUGUCACGGGCUUGGAGUUUUCAACCGAUAGAAAAGUAAAGAUAAUAUUUUAUCAAAAGAUUGGUUAUCCACUUUGAAGGCCACCGUUGUCGGAAAGCCGCAGGCCCACUUCUUCUCCGCAGGUCUUGACGCGAUCCGAACGGAUGACGUCACAGAGUCGACUACGGUAAUGAUUGGGGAUGACGUCAAUGAUGACGUCAUCGGCGCGAUCAACGCCGGCAUGCGCGGCAUCCUUGUCAAGACGGGAAAAUAUCGGAAAGGUAAUUUGGAGUUUAAAAAACUAGAAAAAAGUGGAUCUCUCCACUUUCUGCACACCAUUAAUCUUUUUGAGACGAUUUUUUAAAAUUUCACUGAUUUUAUUUAUUUUUUGUGAUAAGAGAAGAAAGUUGAGAUUCUUCAAAUAAAAAAAUAGUAAGCAUUUGAAAAAAAAAGAUCCAUAGAUCUUCAAUUGACUUUUACAGCUACAGUAACCUUUUCGCUUCGAGAGACUAUUUAAAACUGUAAAAUCGAUUUCUUAGGCUCAUCCAUCUAAGGAUAGAUUAGUGUUGUUGUUUUUUACUAGAGUGUGAAAUGUGUUCGCAAAAUGGCGAGACUGGUAUCGGUUAGCAAGUUCCUGCGUCCGACUAAAACCGAUUUGCGCCCAGAGGCCUAGAGCAGUGUUACAUGGAACACACACUUUAUUGGCCGCUACGCGACCGCGCCGCUUUGAGUCAUUUGCGACCACGAGGAAGAAGAAGAGGAUGAUGUUUUCAGUCCUAUGUAGGCAGGAAAUCUAAAAAAAAAUAGAACCACAUGAUCGAUGUGUCGAAACGAAAAGGGUACGAUAUGUAUACCUUACUCAUUUGACCGGGUGCGCCGUAGCGCAACAGGUUGUGUGCCUGUCUACGGUCCACAGGGUCACAAGUUCGAUCCCCGCCGUGACCAAACCAAGGGAUACAAAGAAAUUUGGUAAUGGGAAAAUCACGACUCUUUUGAGCGGUUAAGUAUAGUCUGUGUACCACGACUUGGAAUUUCACCGAACGACAUUCCGCUGUUCCGCUGCGUGCCUUUGCGAACCUUCGUCGCGCUUAUAAUUUUUUUUUUUUAAGGUACUCUACUUUCAUGGGCUCCCACAGAAAUAAAAAUCAUUUGAAAAAGUAACCUAGAUUCGAAAGACGCUUCGCGAACGCACGCAGCGGAACAGCGGAAUGUCGUUCCGUGAAAUUUCAAGUUGUGACACACAGGCUAUAAUUGAAAGGGCAAGAAAAAAAAGUCUGAUCCAAAUGUUAAAAUUUUUCAGGCGAUGAAGAAAAAAUAGACGUUCAACAUAGAAACGUGGCUGAAAGCUUUGUCGAAGCUGUGGAUCUGAUUUUGGCCGGCAAAGUUUUGUGAGAAAUUUCAAUUCAGAUUGUAUCAAUUUUAGUCAUUCAUUAGGAUUUUCAAAGUUCUACCGUAUAGAAAAAUAAAGAUUAAAAAAAGGAGAAAAAAAUAUAUAAGCUCGAAAGAUGAUUGUUAUAAUAUAUCCAGGACUCUUUUUGGACCAUAAUUUGGGACAAGAUCAAGAUGAAAAGAUGUUUUUUCAACUUCCCCGCAAGGUCGUUAAGAUCAGAUGUUUCGAUAUAAUUCAUAAUAAUGUGGGUAUAAAAUCUCAGAAAUCGAGCCUUUUCCCCUUUUUUGCGACCAUUCGUCUGAAAAUUUUCCAAAAUGGUCAAUUUUCAAAAAAGAGCUAUCCCCGCUAUGUUAUCCAGCUGCAAGUCGAGAAGGUCAAAUUCCUGGCUAUAUUUUUAUUUUUUUCUUUUGAUUACCGUUUUUUUGGUCACUUUUUGGAAGGUGAGGCAAAGAGUUAUGAGAAUGAAGCAAGGUGGAAUUCAGGUAUGGCAAAAUAAUCGAAUUUCGGGGAUGAGGGGAAGUACAGUAAGUUUUUUUUCUCAUUAGGGCGCACUUUGAAGACAGCGCCAAUUUUUUAAAAAUAUUGGAGAGAAAGGGAACAUUUUUGAUUCCAAAUACUCCGGAACAGAAUAGUUCGUCGAAUGACCUAAAAAAUUGUCUCUAAGAAGAAGUCUCAAAAAAUUUUUCUUCUUUUUUUUUGGAGUAUACAAGAAGCUCAACUCCCAGGAAACGGUGCGGAGCGCGAGCGAAAAAGUGGGCGUGGCUGAGGUAUCAAGCGCAAUUCUCUUUAAAGAGCGAUAAAAUUGAAGUGAAGGUCCUUUUUUUUCGAAAAUAUUUCAUAAAGAACUUACUGGAUUUUCAGCAAAACUUUUUUCAGAAUUUCAAGUUAGAAGGUCCCCUUAAACUUGCUAUGCAUUUUCUCUCUUGGCCAGUAGAUACCUUGAAAGAAUCAUCACAGAUCGGUUACAUCUAUGGGCCUGAAAAUGGAGUAUUUUUCACAAAUGAUGACUAUACAAGGAUCGCCAUUGUUUCCGUCGUUGAGCAUCUUGAAGACAUUGGCCUUUACGAGACUGCGAUAAGUUCGGAAUAUUCAAAACUACUUGAAAAUAAUGACUUUAGGUACAAUGCAGUGCUACGCCAAAAUUCAAGGCUAUCACUAUAUUUUAGCCCUGGAUUCGGAUUUCGACUGCAAUAAUAAUGAAGAUGUGAGUGCCUUUCUCAGAACAAGCUCCCUUUUUUGCCAGGAAAAAAUUCCUAUACUCUUCAUUUUGAUGAUCUUAAAAUUGAAUUCAGGGCUAUUUCCGUCGUCAUUGCGUUGUUUCGAAGAUCCUGCCUCAUUUUGACUAUGUUCUUUUUGUUGACGCGGAUAUCGGCGUGGUGAAUCCACAAAAGUAACUUCGAAUUGUGUUUCAAAUCUUCAUUUUUUGUUGCAGAAGAAUCGAAGAUUACAUGGACCACAGUUAUGAUAUUAUUUUCUAUGAUCGAUUUUAUAAUUGGGAGGUCAUGGCCGGGUCUUAUUUGGCUAGGAACACCAAGUAUGCGGCACAAUUUCUGGCAGGUUAGUUAUCUUCCAGGUAUUUCAAAUGGUGUGAAAACGUUUCAUGCACAUUUCGUGUUUGAAAAAGGAAUGUAAUUUUUCAUCAAUUUUUAUUAGGAAUUCUUAGGAAGCUUCUAAUUUUUGUGUCAAACAAUACGCUUACUUUUUAUGAAAAUCAACUCAAAGAGGUCAUGAAAAAAGAAAUGAUUUUCCGGGCGUAAAGCUUCUUGCAGCAAGUUUGCUCUAUGGAGAAAAUGAUUUCUCAUUUUUUCUGCCUAAUUUAAAUUUGCUUUCUUGUCGAAUUUUUAUUAGACUUCAAUUCUCACUGUCAUGCAAGCUUUUCAUAGGGGCGCGUCGUAGCGCAACAGGUUGUGUGCCUGUCUACGGUCCACAGGGUCACAAGUUCGAUCCUUGCCUCGACCCAACCAAGGGGCUUAAGAAAUGUUGGUAGUGGUAAACCACGGCUUCAAAAAUCCCCAGCCGUCAGAGACCAGGACGGAUAUGUCACUGGAGCCAGUCCACUGAUAUCAGGAUAGGAUCUCGGCUAAUCGACUUGGGGCGCCGAUGCCGCUCAAGUGGUACAAAGGCGUAGGAAGAAGAAGAAGAUGCAAGCUUUUCAUAGAGAUGAAGCUUUAAAAUGUUUUUCAUGAAGUUUUUUUAGGAAGGUUUGGAUUUAUUUAAAGUUCGAACUGUUAUCAGUUUCUGUUAGCGUCAGUAUGUGAUAAUGUCGCACUGAAGUUACUUUUCUAGAAAAAAGGAACAUUUAUAAAUGGUAUUUCACCGUAUGUUUUCUUUAAGGAAGGUCUCGAGGCGAAGAGUCGUCCCUUAUUAUUUUUAGCCAAUCAUCACUUCAAACACCUCACUAGGGAACGUUUUUUACCCCUCGGUUGAACUUGAAACUUUGCUGAAGUGUGCCUUAGGACCCCCUGAUCGCAGAUCAAGAAUAAAAUUUCUCGCAAUAAGUCUUGUUUUCGAGCUUCAAAGACCGGAAAAUACGCAAAUCAGGCCAAAAAGCGCUAUUUUGAGCUUUUGAAGUGUUCUAACUCGAAAACGAGCUCUAUUGCAAGAGUUUUUUUCUUGUCUGCAAUCAGGAGGUCCUACAGUACGCUUGAGCAAAGUUUCAUCACAAUUUCAACCGGGGGUUAAAAACGUUCCCUAAUCAGAUAGACUUUUUUCAACAGAAUGCAUCGUGUUUCAUUGAACUCUCUCUACGAUUCCUCAAGUGUAGAAUUUCUCAAUCGGUUUUUUUUUCUCCAGGCUGGGCCGACCAAGAACACAAAAUCCCGAACAGAUUUCACGGCACCGAUAACGGAGCGAUUCACGUUUGGAAUAUUUUUUUCGACCAAAAAUCACGACUUUUCAUUUAAUUUUCAGCAAUAUUUGGUUGAGAUCCUGUUCCCCAAUCACAAGAGGGCAAUCAAGACUUGCUUGAAAGUUUACGAAAAGUCGCGCAAUUACGAAGAUCUGUUCACCUUUGAAGCCUGUAUUAGAUCUAUCUUCGGAUCUCAGAGAAAGUUCGAUAGGAUCGCCAUUCUCGAAAAGGUUCAUAGUUCUUUAAAAAUCAUGGCGAAGUGAAGUUUGAGAUUCUAACGGGAUCCUCAGAAGAUGUUUAUCGCAUUUUCGUCUGUGUAGAUCUCAAAAAACCACGAGAAAAUUCCAAGCCACGUCUUUCCUAAGAAGGAAGGUCAUGUUACCUAGAGGCUGGGAAUACUUGAAAAGAAUACUCCAUGAUGUACCAGAUAGACAUCGGGAAAGUUUCAAUCUAAACAGGCUCUUGGUUCCCGUGAAAAGACGCAUCAAAGUCCAAGAAGACAGGAAAAUCCUUUAAAAUGGGCCGUUUAGCCCUAAUUUCUUGAAGGAUAGGAGUUUGUGGAAGUUGAGAUUUCUCAUCCUCGAAGUAGAAAACCUUCCUUCUAUGGCCUUUUUCAUAUUUUUUGCAAAAAUAAAAAUAAAUUGCUUCUGGAAGACAGUUCAAAUCUUGAAACCGAGUCCGAUUUUGAAGGGAACCGGCUGGGCUCGAGACACCUGGCUGACCAACAGUAUGUGGAGCAAAGAACACGAUUUUAUGCUGCACAACUGGAAGGAAGCUGAGAUGUACCCCAAACCAAGGGGUCUCAUCGAGUGCGUGAUUCGUUUAUAA